AUGGCGUUGAAGAGGUCUCUACCUAAAGCUCAAUUUUUGCGAGUGAUUCGCAAUAACUCGGAUGUAAAUAUCAUGGAGGAACAACUUAAAAUGAUGAUGGAGAGGUUCCUGGAACGCGGCUACCGACGCAAUGACCUAGUGAGAGAAUUAGAAGCAGCUAAGAUAGCUAACUCUCCUAGAGCCAAGGAUGGUGCCCCUAGGUUGGUUUUUCCAGUUACCUACCAUGAUGCUUCCUUGGAAGUCACAAAGAUUAUCAAAGACAAUUGGAAAAUGUUGUCAUGUGACGACACACUCCCCAAGGUUUUUAAAGAGCCCCCCCUUAUCUGCUAUCGAAGGAAUAAAAACCUCAGAGACCUGUUGGUACAUACGGAUCCUUCUAAAAGCUAUGAGAAGAACAUUGGCACUCAGCCCCGGGGUAGUACUCGCUGCCUUGGAUGCGUGACUUGUGGUCAUAUGACUCCUUUGC